AUGACCGAGAAUGUGUAUUUUAAGCUGAGUGAUGAAUCUGUUGUUUCUCACUUUCUCUAUCAACAACACUUGGUUUGGGCUAAAAAACAGAAGAAAAACCGUGCUAGUGUUCUAGCAUGGACCCUUGAAGAUUUAGCUGUGGCAGAACCUUAUAUGGCAUCAACCUCUACCACAAGAAGUCGAAUCAAGUGGCAGACAAAGCAGCAAAGAUCAAUGACAAGGGUAUGUGAGCAUGCUACUACUUCUUCAAGCUCCCAACAACAAGGAAUUAGGAAUGUUGAGGAAGAUAGUGAUGAAGAUGUUUGUUCAAGUGGUUGUACUACACCAAAGGCUAAAAGGUUCAGAAUACCAGAGGUGCUAACAUGUCCACCUGCUCCAAAGAAGAGACGAAUACUGUGCUAUCUCCACACAUAUAUAAAGAAUGAGGAAAAGCAACUUUUGAAUGUGGAAGUGAAUGCUUUUUGA